AUGGGGUACUUGCAAAAGCACACCCGAUUGUUUGAGUUUGCACCACAAUAUUGUGAAGUUAUGGAAUCAAGGGUGAAUGAUGAAAGUGAAGAUGAUGCAAACACCAGUCGCUAUGUAAGGCAAAUUAUUACUAAGUUUCCUGUUGAAGGUGUGUUCCAAAAAUUGUACACAGAUGCAAAGUUCAAGGAAGUCCAAUUAGAGUGUACAAGGGUGUUAUAUAUUAAUGGUGUAGAAAAGAAGGUUGUAUCAGACCAUGUUGUGGAGUACACACUAGAAGAUAGAGUUUGGGUGCUAUGCCUGUCCACGAGGAAGGAAAUUCCUACCAAGAAGCGGUGUACUUACAAGGUUGUGUUCAAUCUCGAAUGUAAUAAAGCUUGGUGUGACUGCAAACUCUUUGAAUGCCAUGGAAUAAUGUGUAGGCAUCUCAUUAAGGUUUUUGACAUCUAUGAUAUAACUGAGGUCCCUGAGAUGUACAUUUUGAGGUGA